GCAAAAGACAACAGAGUCUCUUUUGUAAUGAGAAAGGAUUAUGGCAUCAAGUGACCGGCUGCAGCUCCCAAGUGGGUUUCAGGCUCCUUAGUACACCACGUCUGUCAGGUUCAAUCCCCCCAUGAGCCAAGGGGGCAAGGAAAGGCAGGCUGUGGCGCUUGCCACAAAGGACCCAGCGAGGACACAUGCAGGAUCAAACCUCCACCGUCUCCAGUGUAGCUCAGGAGCCCGCGACUGAUCUGCGAUGACAGUGACAUACACUAACCGUGUGGCCGAUGCCCGCCUAGGCACCUUCUCGCAGCUCCUGCUCCAAUGGAAAGGCAGCAUCUACAAACUCCUUUACUCUGAGUUCCUUAUUUUCAUCUCCCUCUACUUCGCCAUCAGCCUUGUCUAUAGGCUGAUCCUCAGCGAAAGCCAAAGGCUGAUGUUUGAGAAGCUGGCACUCUACUGCAACAGCUAUGCUGAGCUAAUCCCUGUGUCCUUUGUGCUGGGUUUCUACGUGGCCCUGGUGGUGUCCCGCUGGUGGGCGCAGUACGAGAGCAUCCCGUGGCCUGACCGCAUCAUGAACUUGGUCUCCUGCAACGUGGAUGGGGAGGAUGAAUAUGGGCGGCUGCUGCGUCGCACCCUGAUGCGCUACAGCAACCUGUGCAGCGUGCUCAUCUUGCGCUCCGUCAGCACGGCUGUGUACAAGCGCUUCCCCAGCAUGGAGCACGUUGUGAGGGCAGGCCUCAUGACACCUGAAGAGCACAAGAAGUUUGAGAGCUUGAAUUCUCCCCACAACAAGUUUUGGAUCCCAUGCGUGUGGUUCUCCAAUCUGGCUGUGAAAGCAAGGAAUGAGGGGAGGAUCCGGGACAGCGUGCUGCUCCAAGGCAUCCUGAAUGAGCUCAACACUUUGCGCAGCCAAUGCGGGCGGCUCUAUGGGUAUGACUGGAUCAGCAUUCCCCUGGUCUACACCCAGGUGGUGACCGUGGCUGUUUACAGCUUCUUCCUGGCCUGUCUGAUUGGGCGGCAGUUCCUGGAUCCUGAAAAAGCAUAUCCUGGCCAUGAACUAGAUCUCUUUGUGCCUGUCUUUACGUUUUUGCAGUUCUUCUUCUACGCUGGCUGGUUAAAGGUGGCCGAGCAACUAAUUAACCCUUUUGGGGAGGACGAUGAUGACUUUGAAACCAACUGGCUCAUCGACAGGAAUCUGCAGGUCUCCCUUAUGGCAGUGGAUGAGAUGCAUCAGGAUUUGCCCAUCCUGGAGAAGGACCUAUACUGGAACGAGCCCGAUCCCCAACCACCUUACACUGCAGCCACUGCUGAGUACAAGCGCCCAUCAUUUCUUGGAUCAACCUUUGAUAUCAGCAUGCAGAAAGAAGAGAUGGAAUUCCAGCCCCUGGAGCAAAUUAAAGAGAAUGAGGAAGCAAACCAUUCCACACCACUACUGGGACACCUGGGCCGCCUUCUGGGUGUCCAGUCACCAAGUUUCUCCAGGUCCUCUUCUCGGAUGAACCUACUGCGCAGGCGAGGGGAGCCCACGUCCCCCUUCUCCCAUUACAUGUACCAAGACAUGGGCAAGUCGGGAAACAUCAGUCAGCCAAGGGGAGACACCAACUCACAGGAGCAGUGGGACGGUGAGGAUGGAAAACUGAGGGAGUUUGAUGCCUUCAUAUCUACCCCAUUUUAUGAGAGACCUGGUUUCUACAGUGCUCCACAGACACCCAUCAGCUCCAUCCCCAUGAUCUUCCCUUCUAGACGCCAAGGGCGCAAGAAGCCCCCUGCACUCUCCAGCAUAGCUGCAUGCUCAAAUUCUCUCAAGGACGUCGUUGUCAACUCCUCACCUUCCAGGAUGAGUGAUACGUACAAAAGCCAGAGCUCCCUCGGCUCAGGUGCAAAGGAAACAUUUAUUUGGCCAACAGAACGGAAUAAAGGUCCUGACCCGCUGGUUGUAAUGGUGGAAGAAGAAAAGAGCAACUCCAGCAGUAAAGGCAGAGAAGCUGCCAUCACUGGAAGUCCAGCAGCUCUGUCCACAGCGUCAGACAGCCCUAAAUUCCCUUUCCUAGCAGAGUCCCCAGACCACGAGCAGCAGGGCAGCUUCAAAAGUCUGAAGAGUUUAAAAGGCUCCCACCCACCCUGGCUAGCUCUGGAGAACGCAGCAACCACUACCCCCAAUUCUGAGCAAUCGAGUGCCCUCCCCCAACCUAGCAACAUACCACCCAGCAGCAGCACCUCCCUCUGCUUCUCAUUCACUCCUGUCUCAUCCCCAGUGCUGGAGAGAUCCCCCAUAGGGAACAGAGGCCCCGAUACUCACAGUCUGAGUUCAGAAGACGCAGCUAGUGCACCAGACCAGCAUCCAUCGGAGGCUUCCAGGAGCACGAGAGAUACAGCAAACAGAAGCAGUAACGCUCCUAUGAGAGAGACAAGAAGAGCAGAAAGCCCAUCCACUAAUGACUCUGGCAUCUCUCUCGCUGAGGGUGACUACGUGGGGCUGAUGGAGGUGAUCAUGGAGACAAGUGAAAGCAUAUGUGAAGAGCAGAUGGAUCAGGGCAGCUAGAGGAGACUGACACACACGUGUAUGCCAGGUAGAAAUGAUACUGCAGUGUCUUCACACCUGGUCCACACUAGCACUCAUCCUCCUAAAAGAAGGGCAGUGCUGCCAGACUUCUUGUUUCUGGAAUAUUACUCACCUACAGCCCAACACCAGUGAUUCAACCACUACUGGACUCAGGCAUAACAGCAGGCACUUGACCUCAGUGCCUGCAACAAGAAAAAAAAAGACAAAAAAUCUCUACACACUCUAGCAAAAUAAGACUUCCAGCAUUAGGAAUUACAAACGCCUAUGUAGAACCAUAGCUGAACAGAUACUGUUCUGAAGACUCUGGAAUGCAGGUAUAGCUCAAAGCAGAAGAGGUACGUAGUUAAGGACAUUACAGCAAUUGAAGCUCCAAGUUCACAUGAGUAUUUGCCAUAAGGCCCAGGACUUGUGUAAGUUGCUCCAGGGAAAGAAAGGGACUGAGGCACAGCAUUUGUGAUACAGAGCCACAGUGCUUCAUGAAGUCCUAUCCAGCUGGUGUUCUCCAGCACCAGUAAAGCGAUAGGUUAAGGCUACUCAAAAAAGUGGCUGCCAACAACCAUACUUACACUGCUUCAAGUUUCCUAUCAUGCUUUGCUGAUUUGAAAGCACUCAAAGUUAUCCAGAUGGUAGCAAACAACAUAAAGCUAGGAUUUUUAACAAGUUUUCCCUAAGAAAAAAAAAAACCAACCAACCAACCCUAAAGCAAGGCAGAAGUCCAGGACCACUCCCUCAUUUUAAU